AUGGUGGAUUUUCCAGGGUACAAUCUGUCUGGUGCAGUCGCCUCCUUCCUAUUCAUCCUGCUGACAAUGAAGCAGUCAGAAGACUUUAGAGUCAUUGGCCCUGCUCAUCCUAUCCUGGCCAGGGUUGGGGAAGAUGCCCUGUUAACCUGCCAGCUACUCCCCAAGAGGACCACAAUGCACAUGGAGGUGAGGUGGUACUGCUCAGAGCCCAGCACACCUGUGUUUGUGCACAGGGAUGGAGUGGAGGUGACUGAGAUGCAGAUAGAGGAGUACAGAGGCCGGGUAGAGUGGAUAGAGAACGGCAUUGCAAAGGGAAAUGUGGCACUGAAGAUACACAACAUCCAGCCCUCCGACAAUGGACAAUACUGGUGCCAUUUCCAGGAUGGGAACUACUGUGGAGAAACAAGCUUGCUGCUCAAAGUAGCAGAUCUGGGGUCUGCCCCUAACAUCCACAUGGAGGGACCUGGGGAGAGUGGAGUCCAACUUGAGUGCACUACAAGGGGCUGGUUCCCAGAGCCCCAGGUGUAUUGGGAAGAUAUCCAGGGAGAGAAGCUGCUGGCCAUGUCUGAGCAUCACAUCCAAGAUGAAGAUGGCCUGUUCUAUGUGGAAGCCACCCUGGUGGUCAGGAACGCCUCUGCAGAGUCUGUGUCCUGCUUGGUCCACAACCCCGUCCUCACUGAGGAGAAGGGGUCGGUCAUCAGCCUCCCAGAGAAACUCCAGACUGAGCUGGCUUCUUUAAAAGUGAUUGGACCUUCCCAGCCCAUCCUUGUCAGAGUGGGAGAAGAUAUACAGCUAACCUGUUACCUGUCCCCCAAGGCGAAUGCACAGAGCAUGGAGGCGAGGUGGGUCCGAUCCCACCGUUACCCUGCUGUGCAUGUGUAUAUGGAUGGGGACCAUGUGGCUGGAGAGCAGAUGGCGGAGUACAGAGGGAGGACUGUGCUGGUGAGUGACGCCAUUGACGAGGGCAGACUGACCCUGCAGAUACUCAGUGCCAGACCUUCGGACGACGGGCAGUACCGCUGCCUUUUUGAAAAAGAUGAUGUCUACCAGGAGGCCAGUUUGGAUCUGAAGGUGGUAGGUCUGGAUUCUUCCCCACUGAUCACUGUGGAGGGGCAAGAAGAUGGAGAAAUGCAGCCGAUGUGCUCUUCAGAUGGGUGGUUCCCACAGCCCCACGUGCCAUGGAGGGACACGGAAGGAAACACGAUACCAUCAUCUUCCCAGGCCCUGACUCAAGGCAGCCACGGGCUGUUCCGCGUGCAGACAUUGCUAAGGGUCACAAACAUCUUCGCUGUGGACGUCACUUGUUCCAUCAGCAUCCCCUUUUUGGGCUAGGAGAAAAUCGCAACUUUUUCUCUCUCAAGUUGA